AUGGAAGAAGAUCCUUCUACCGCUCCGGUGCCUGCACCCGCACCCGAAGUUGAGCUCGUCUCUACACCUGUGCCCCACGACAUCCAUGAAGAUACCCUUGGCGGAAUUGAUGGCUCGCCCCAGGUAGCGUCCGCGCACGGCAUCUCCGAGCAGCCACAACAACAACAAUACCACCAGUCCCCGCAACCCUUUGAGCAAAGCAUACACAUGUCACCAGGCCGCGAUGCCGAGAUAGAUCCUCAUACACGGUACCACACACCCCCCAUGCCGACGCAGCAGCAACCACAUUCUAUAUCAAGACCGCCUUCUGGGUUGUCUGGUAAUGGCGGCGAUCGACACUACAGCGACCAUGCGUCCCGUGGCAGCAGCAGCGCCGAGCAACAGAAUGGCAGGAACCACGUCGUCAUCAAGGUCGGCAUGGUUGGCGACGCGCAGAUUGGCAAGACGUCGUUAAUGGUCAAAUACGUCGAGGGCAGCUGGGACGAGGACUACAUCCAAACAUUGGGCGUCAAUUUCAUGGAGAAGACCAUCAGCAUUCGCAACACCGAGAUCACCUUCAGUAUCUGGGAUCUUGGCGGCCAGAGAGAAUUUGUCAACAUGUUGCCACUGGUGUGCAACGAUGCCGUUGCCAUCUUGUUCAUGUUCGACCUUACGCGCAAGAGCACACUGAACAGCAUCAAGGAGUGGUACAGACAAGGGCGAGGCUUCAACAAGACUGCCAUUCCCAUUUUGGUUGGGACAAAGUAUGAUCACUUUGUCAAUUUUCCCAGGGAGGAUCAAGAAGAGAUCUCCAAUCAGGCUCGGCGAUUUGCCAAGGCUAUGCGCGCCGCUCUUAUAUUCAGCAGUACAAGUCACAGUAUCAAUGUGCAAAAGAUCUUCAAGAUUGUCCUCAGCAAAGCCUUUGACCUAAAGUGUACCAUACCCGAGAUUGAAAAUGUCGGCGAACCCCUGCUCCUAUACCAGUCGUGUUAG